AUACUCAUGUUGCAAUGUUCCAAGGGCGUCGGGGUGUUUUGAGAUAGCUGACUGUUCAGGCGCACAAGGGCUUGGGUCAUGAAUAUUUGAGUAUUCAGGGGGCCACAGAACUCGUGUAGAACGAGCCGCCCCCAGCCUCUGGCAGCCUCAAUAUGAGCGCCCGGUGGAAAAAUGUCUGUUACUACUAUGCAGCGUUGCUCGCGUGGAUUUCUAUGGGCGUCCCUGUAUGGAACACAUUUCACUUGCAGCCAUACUCCCUACGCGCCCUCCAGCUGGGAUCCGUUGCUUUAUGCUUUACGUGCUCGUUAUUUCUGGCUGUGGCUGGCACCUGCAACUGGCGCUGGUACCAGCGUUGGGUCUUCGCUGGCGAAGCAGUAUACAUCUAUGGUGCUAUCAGUAUUUUUGUUAUCUUCGUACACAUACUCCCACUGGGUGGCUCGAUACAGAUGUUCUUUCAAGGCAUGUUCCACUACCUACUCCCCAUCUUCCUCGGGGCGCCGCUGGUGUACACGCUGCUCGGCGCGGCGGUGCUGGUGCCCGUGUACGCCGCGCUAGAGGCGUCCACUCUGCUGCGGGCCGCGGCGGAGGCAGCGGCCGCGGCCGCGGCACUAGCAGCAAAAGCAGCAACAGCCGGGGCGGGGCCGCUGGCGCCAGACGUGUGCGCCGCAUGGGGGCUCGGGACCACGGCCGCCAUGGCGUGUGCCGUGGAUGCGAUGGACGCAGCAGCAGCGAUGGCAGGCGGAGCAGGAGCAGGAGGGAGAGGAGGAGCGGAGGUGGCAGGGAUGUCGUCAGCCGCAGGGCUGCCGCCGCCGGCUGACGCGCCAGCGGUGCUGCUGCUGCCGUUGACGGCACGGGGGGCGGCUUACCUGUUGCUGCGGGCGCUGUGGACGGGAGUGGGGCCGUUUUUGUUUGCGGUGGUUGUGCACAUGUCCUACGUCAAAAACUGCGGCUCGGGCGAGCUGGCGUUGCUGAGCCAGGCGCUCGGGGCGGCGGAAAGCAGCGAUGACGAGGCCGAGGACGGCGUUAAAGGCAAUCGCGGCGGCCGCAGUGACGAUACAAACGCAGCUGGAGGUAGCAGCAACAACAGCAGCAGCGCCGCGGCAGCAGGCGGCGGCAUAGCAGUUGACCGUGCCAGCACACCCAGGCGGCGCGGACGGCGGCGCUGGCGGCUGCGGCGGUCGCUGCUGAAUGCGCUGGCGGCGGCUCUGCGGUUUUUCACGGAUCUGGAGCGGCGGCUGUACGGCAUGAGCAGCGUGCUGGAUCCAAAGCUGGUGCUGGUGCUGGUGUGCGUGCCGGUGGCGCUGGUGGCGUUUGUGAAGCAGACUGCGGGGUUCGUGGCUGGCUCGCAGGACUGCAGCCUGCGGGCGCAGCCCAUGGAGACGCUGAUCGCCAUGACGGUUUGUUUCCUGUUGGGCACGUUGGAGCCGCAAGCCGUACUCAACCGCCAGCUGGGCACCGUACAGGCGCUGCUGUACGAUCUCAUGCCGCCGCACGUGGCGCAGGCCCUGCUGCGCUCCGAACUGGAGCGGCGGCAGAACGUGUUGGGCCGCAGCGGCGACGCACCCGGCGGCGCCGACAGGUCGCCCCUCACGGGCGCCCACACCUCCUUCCGCUCCGCCGGCGGCGGGCUGGCGGGCCUGGGGGGCGGGGGCGGCGGCGGCGCAUGCACCAGCGUCGACGGCGCGUAUGUGGGCUACGCGCAUAGCAACUCGUCUGUUUCUACUCGGUCGAGCUUGAACGACGAAGCGCUGUGUGGGCUGCGGCAUGACGCGGUGGAGCCGGAGGAGCUGAUGCCCGCAGCGCCCGGCGAGGAGGAGGACGGGGAGGACGCGGCAGUGCCAGCAGUCGUGGCAGCAACAGCAGCAGCAGCAGCAGUAGCAGCAGCAGCAGGAGCUGGCACGGAAAUGGUGCAGGCGGAGGACCUGGGGGACGGCGGGCCCCACUCCGGCUCGUGGGGGCUGCUGGGGGCUGGAGAGCCGCACCCGCCGCUGCCGCAGCUGCAGCUGCAGGUGCCGUCGCCGUCGCCGCUGGGCGAUGGCGGCGACUCCAGCGCCGCCCUGUCCGCCGUCUCGCCCUGGGUGGCGACCCUUCGCGGCGGCGGUUUGUACAGCAGCACCGUUGCCACGUCAUCCGCGGCGGCAGCGGCGGCGGCGGCUGUGCCGGCUGGGGCCUCGUCGACGACGGGGGAUGCGGGAGCGAGCGGCGGCGGCGGCGGCGGCUACGGCACCGGCGCAGUGUCUGUGGCUUCUAAUGUUGGCGGUCGCGCUCGCGGCCACCAUUACUGGAGCUCCGAGUUCAUCCAGGACUUAGAGGACAGGCCUAGCCGCGCUUGUCAGCAGCCGCCGAGUAUCCAGAAAGGCACGGAGGACGACUGGGGUUUGGUAAAUUACGGCGGCGCGGCGCGCGAGGCGCCCUUCAGAGGUAGCUACGAGCGCUGGCGCGAUGCGGCGGGGCAGGCACAGGAGGCAGCAGCUGGCAACGGCGGCGGUGGCGUCCGGGCAUGGGCUACUCCUGGUGGCGACAGCGACAGCGACAACGACAGCGGUAGGGGCGGUGACGGCGGCGGGCGGAGUGCCGCGGCCGCAGACAGGGCUGGAGACGACGGCAACGGCGCAGUCAUAGCAGGUUGCCCCCUGCUGUUGCGUGCGGCUGCGUCAGCACCUCCGGACUUUGAGUUUCCGGGGCCAUUCAAGGCUAGCGUGAAACGCGCGAGCGCUUUGGGCGGUGGCAGCGGUGGGGCGAGCCUUAGUCCCAGCGGCGGCAGCAGCAGCGCUGUCGUGACCGCUGCCGCAGCCGGCGGCGAUGGUGACGGCGGCGGCGGCGAGUUGUCACUGGCCGUCAGCAGGAUGACCAGCGCUCGCGGCGGCGUCAGAGCAAGCCAGUCGUGGCAGAUGCUGAGUACGGUGAUGGAGGGGCGCGCGGUGUCGGACGACGAAGGGGAGGAGGAGUGGGCCGGGCGCCGCGGCAGGAGGGGCAGGGCCGGCGGCGACGGCAGCGACGGCGGUGCUUACGGCACUGGCGGCAGCGGCGGCGGCAGCUCCAGUGACGCCACGCCGCGCAUUGGCGGCGCGGCAGCUGCACGCUCGGCUGCCGCAGGAGCCGCCGCGGCCGCGACCGCGCUGGGCGUCUCAGGGAGGGGCCUGGGGGACCUAGGCCGUGCGGCAGAGGGGUGGGAAGCCGCGGCUGCUGCCGCUGGCAGCCCGAAUGGUGUUGAUGAGGGCGAGGCGGCGGCGGAGGCGGGUCUCGUGCUGCGCCAAGGUGGCGGUGACAUCGCCGCCGCCGCCGCCUACAUAACGACAACGUCGCCGCGUUUAGCAGGGCUGCUGCUGGGCGAGGCGGCGGCUGGUGCCAGCGCAACAAGCGGAGCGGAAGCCACAGGGGCAGCGGCAGGCGGCGUGGAGUCAGGCAUCACAGUUGGGGAGUCAGGAGCGGCGGAAAGUGCGGUACAGCUGCUAUCUCCCAUCCGUCUGGAGGCGGAAGCAAAGGAGCUGGAGAUGGAGAUGGAGCAGCAGCGGCAGCAGCAGGACAUCAAUGCCGCAAGCCAUCCUUCCAGGGCCGGCGAAACUGGCACCCGUGGCGACGCUGACGGCGGCAGCAGUGCUGGCAGCAGCGGCGGUGCUGGGGGCGUGCUGAGCGGUGGCGUGCGGCACCUCACACGCCUGCUCAAUGGUCUGGGUGCGCGCGCUCGCACCGAGGCGGUUAUCAGGCGGCCCAGUUUUGCCGCAGAUGAUGUGGCCCGGACCUGGUUCUCUAGGCCUGCAGCUGGGCGCGUGGCUGGUGGCGCGGCUUGGGGUGUUGCUGGAAGCGACGGCGGCGGCAGUGGUCCCGUUGCUGGCCGGGGCGGCGGUCCCAACGGCCCUGGCAGUGCCGACGCCGCGGCGGCCGGCGGCGGCGGCGCGUUGGCUGCCUCAGCAAUGGGGCGCGCUGGAAACAGCGGUGGCGCUGGCGGCAGAGUUGAGCAGCAGGAGCAGCAGCAGCAGCAGCAGCAGGAGCCGCCGAACCCAGGCGGCAGGAGCAUGAGUUGUGGCAGCGGCGGCGGCGGGACGUCGGUGCGGUCUGUUGGCGGGACCAGUUUGUAUGGAGGCAGUACCAUCACCGCCGCCAGCAGCCGUACCGGGUGGAGUGGCAGCGCCGGCGGCGUUGGGCCGCCGUGGGUGGCGAGCACUCAUCCCAAGGCUCGCCGCCAGUCGCACGAGGUCGCGUCCGUCUCGCUGGCAGCGGGCAGCGGCCUCCGGGGCGGCGGUGGCUUCAAUGCCGCCGGCGGCAGGCCGGCAUCGCACGUUCCUCGCAGCAGCCAAAGCUUCUCAGUUUCACCGGCCUCAGCCAUCACCGGCCUCCUGGCCGAGUUGCGGCGCCGCGGCGGCGGCGGCGGCGCCGCCACCGGCACCGGCUUUUCAGGUGGCGGCGGCAGCAGCAGCGGCGGCGGCGCAGGCGGCGGCGGCGGCGGCGGUACGGGCAGUGGCUUCUUCAGCGGGUUCUCAGCGACGCACCAACGGCACCUCUCCGCCGCCGCUGCGCUCAGCUCGCCCAUGGGCUCACCGGCGUCGCCUGUAGCCACGCCCGCGUACGCCGAGUGGCAUGACGAGUGCACCCUGCUGUUCUGUGACAUUGUGGGUUUCACCGACCUGUCACACAUCGUACAGCCCUGUGCCGUACUUGACAUGCUCAACCAACUGUACAGCCGCUUCGACGCCCUCACGUUGCGGCUGCCCGUCUACAAGGUCGACACGGUGGGAGACUGCUACAUUGCGGCGGCCGGGCUGAUGCGGCCGGAUCCACAACAUGCCGACACCAUCCUGCACUUCGCGCGGGCCAUGCGCAGCGAAGCCAAAAAGGUGGCGCUGCCGGGCUCCGGUCAGCCGGUGCGGGUGCGCAUCGGUGUGGCCAGCGGCCGCAUCAUGAGCGGCGUGGUGGGCACCAUCCGCCGCAAGUACUCCAUCUUUGGAGAUACGGCCAACACCGCCUCCCGCAUGGAGACGCUGGGCGAGGCGGGUCAGAUCCACGUGGCGCAGUCCACCUACCUGCAGGUGCGGCGGCGCGUGGCGGCGGACUGGGUGUGCCGCGGCGAGAUCGAGGUCAAGGGCAAGGGCCGCAUGACCACCUACUGGUACAAGUACGCGGUGGCGGCGCAGCAGGGGCAGGAGCGGCAGCAGGGGCAGGGGCAGGGGCAGCAAGGGCAGCAGGGGCAGCUGCAGGAGCGGCAGCAGGGGCAGGGGCAGGGGCAGGGGCAGCAAGGGCAGCUGCAGGAGCGGCAGCAGCAGCAAGGGCAGCUGCAGGAGCGGCAGCAGGGGCAGGGGCAGGGGCAGAUGGCGCGGGGCGGGGCGGCGGUGGCAGCAACAGAAGCAGUGACAGCCGCUGUGGAUUCACGGGCGGAUGCAGAAGGCACGGGUGCAGGCGUGGGCGCAGGCGCAGGGGCAGGCGUAGGCGCAGGCGCGGGCGCAGGCGAGGCGGCAGUUGUCGCAGCAGGUGUGGACACGGCGGUGUCUUGCGCCUCGUCCCUGCUGCCUGACGCAGUUGUGGCGCCUGCACUGACAGCAGCGGCGCUUCAGGGCAGCAUGGACAGCCCUCCGGCGCAUACACCGCCCUAGCAGUCUUCAUUGCAAACGAGCAGCCCCGAGGGGCAGAAGAAGGAGACAUGUUGACGCAAGAGUAGGAAACAGCUGCUGGUGGUCGCGGGCGUGGAGUUGCUUUUCAGUGUGAUGCCGAAUUGUUGAGGUUGUUCGUUGCGAUGCUGAUUAUGGAAGGGCUUGCCGCCGGGGCAAGCAGCAGAAUGAGUGAACGAUCGAAGCGAGUGAGAGCGAGAGAGAAAGGUGCGAUUUGGACUUGCGCUGGGUUCUGGCGUAGGAGCAAUGACAUUAUCAGGGCAUCUGGCCUUCCCUGCGCAUGCGUACGUGUGUCUGGCGUUUCUGACGCAUGCGUGCAUGUGCCCGCUUGCCGUGUCGGGGGCUGUGCGGUACCAACAGAUGACGUUAUGGGUCGUGCACCAGUCAAGACCAGGGGCAAAUGUGAGUAUCCUGCGCGGAGCUGGUGCUGCGAGGUUUUGAGGUGAUGGCCUGGCAGAGUGGCUGAGAGAAAGCCAGAAAACCGUGAUGAUUGUCCAUGACUCAAGGGAUCACGACUAGUGCGUGCGUGCACUUAACUGGAGUAACAUUAGGUGAUGUGUGGUGUGGGGAUCAAAUGGAGUUGGCGAUCUGCCUGUGCUGGAGGCGCAAUUACGCAGCAGUACCAUUCGUUUGCGAAGCGGGAUUUCCCAGGGGGAAUGUGCGCCCCUUGCGGACUUGAGCACGCGCAGGCACGUGCAAGCUUUGUACACGAUGACACACAUCAGCAAGAGCUGUCGAAUGACGAGGCACGGCGUGCGUGGCGGUAUGGAUUCAACCCAGGGUCGUAUACAUCGUGUAUUCUUGUAUGUGCUUAAAACAUUGGGAUACGAUCGGCGGACAACCAAACACGGGUGUUUUCUCUUUGGCCCGGGGCUUGUCAUUGAUCGGUAAAGCCUUGCCUAUUGAUUGCAAAAUGGGCGGUAGGUGGAGGAGAGGGCGUGCGACGCCGCCCAUGAAGCGGCGCCACUGCGCAGAUUGAGGCCCAGCCGGUGUCUGGUCAGCAGCCUUUGCUGGCGAGCAUAGCAUGGCACGGUGUGCGGUAGGCCGCAGCAGUGAGGAUUUCCUGUUUGGUUUGUCGCCUGCUGUGCUUGCGCGUGACAGCGGGACGUGGCUGGACACAUGAUGGCGGGCCGUGGCUGUACUAACCGACACCGUGUCCGGGAGAUGAGGUAGACGCGUGCGGCCUCAGGCGGGAGACAUGGCGUGGGCUCAGCCCACGUUUCCCAUGCGAGGGGAACCACAUUUAACGGAUUAA